UCUAAAAAAGUCAUUAGCUAAUCUUCGUCUCAGCAUUCAGAAAUCAAGUGGGAAAAUGUCCGCGAGACCGGAGGAACUUUGUGGAGUGAAGGAGGAGCCCCCACGUCACCGACACUCGACUGUGUGCAGACUAAUGCGCGCGAAGGUUGUUCUUCACAGACUAGAAGAUCUAUACGUCAGCCAAGCUCGUUAUCCUGAGCUCCCGGAGUCUGCAUGCAUGAAGGAUGAGGAAGAAGAGUCGCCAUCCAUUAAGGAAGAAUUCAUACACAUGAAAGGUUUCAGAAAAUAUCUUGGUGCUGAGCAGCAGGAGGCAGCAUGUCCUGGCGUAAAAGAGGAUGUUGAGCGCCCCCAAAUCAAAGAGGAGGAGGAGCUGGAGCCCUGUCAACAGAUGCAACUUCCAAUCAAAAAAGAGGACGAAGAGCUGCCAUACGAUAAAGAGGAGAAGCAUAUAACCAGGUCAAAUGGUGAGCCCUUGAAAAGUGAAGAUGGUCAGAGUGAGGUCGGCAGAGGAGCGGAGACUCCAAGCAGGGGGAGAAGCAGCAGCUCAACAGAAGGAUUGCAAGCAGACAUUUACAUUGCUCCAUCAGACAGAGAUGGCACCACGUCACACUCACCUUACAAUGAUGAUGGUCAUAAGAAAUCUCACCGUGACGACAGACUCUGCAAAUGCUCUCAGUGUGGGAAAAUCUUUGCGAAUAAGUACACUUGUCGGACGCAUAUGAGGAGGCACACUGGUGAAAAACCUUUUGCCUGCUCAGUUUGUGGUCAAGAAUUCUCUCAAAAGCAACACUUAAAAAACCACACAAGAACCCACACUGGUGAAAAACCUUUUUCCUGCUCAGUUUGUGGUAAAAAAUUCACUCAAAAGGAAAGCUUGACAAUACACACACGCACCCACACUGGCGAAAAACUUUUUUCCUGCUCAGUUUGUGGUCAAGCGUUCGCUCAUAAAGGAACCUUAAAAUACCACACAAGAACCCACACUGGUGAAAAACCUUUUUCCUGCUCAGUUUGUGGUCAAGCGUUCGCUCAUAAAGAAACCUUAAAAUACCACACAAGAACCCACACUGGUGAAAAACCUUUUUCCUGCUCAGUUUGUGGUCAAGCGUUCACUCAUAAAGCUACCGUAAAAUACCACACAAGAACCCACACUGGUGAAAAACCUUUUUCCUGCUCAGUUUGUGGUAAAAAAUUCACUCAAAGGGAAAGCUUGAAAAUACACACACGCACCCACACUGGCGAAAAACCUUUUUCCUGCUCAGUUUGUGGUCAAGGAUUUGCUCAGAAGUAUCGGAUAAGAAGACACGUGUGUGUUGGUGUGAAAAGCAGUGGCCAAUGACUUUUGCCUGUCAUCCAUGCUGUCUUCAUCAGAUUUUGCUUAGGAGUUACAUUCAUAUUCGUGGUAUUUUGAGAUAGUAUUUUUGUUUGGACUUUCCAUUUUGUUUUUUACCUAUUCUGGUCAUCAAAGCCUUUCUCUUGGUUCUCUUGCCGAGUCGGUUUGUGCCUCUUUAUGUUUGUAUUUUUCCUCACAUGUUCUGGCGUGCUCCCUUGUUU